AUGGAGCCAACUCAGGAAUCCACUCAGCCAUACUCUGACCCUCGUCGGCUGGGUUCCCAUAACUCGGGUCUCGACGAACAAGAUGUGUCGGAUAUAAUCUGUAUCCUCCAUCCCAAUUCCCCGGCCGCCCACGAUGCUGUCGCUGCGACGGCACGCAUAGCCCCUCAACAUAUUCUUCAACGGGAUGACUUGGAGUACGACAGCUCGGACACAGCUGCGCGGGAUAUUGCUCUACGGCUAUCAUCGUCUGUUAAAAACCUCGGGGCAGGGUUCUAUUUUGGCCGCCAUCCUGCACGCUGUGAUGUGCUCCUCACACCCCACCAACACUCGAAACAUAUUUCGAAUAUGCAUUUUCGAAUCUUCGUGAACAGGGACGGCAUUCUGAUGCUCCAAGACACCUCCACGAAUGGCACAGUAGUGGAUAGCUGCCGCCUCUGGAAGCCCUUAAACCAGACCAGUCGGAUGCUUACCAACGGAUCUGUUAUCACGGUAGUCUCAGACAAUAUAGUGAAAACGGAAGUGCGCUUUGUCGUGAGAAUACCAUCCAGGGAUGGCUUCGCCGUACAGUACACGCAAAACCUCCUUGAAUACCUGGAGCGAGUCCAAAAGUACGAGGCCAAUGCUAAACAGCAGCAGGUCCGUGCCCCUCCUUCGCAGCCGGUGCUCCAGUGGACGGUGGGAAAUCCCUAUGGAAUGCACUGGACCGGAGGUUCCUUGUAUAAUGUAACUGGGCAGAUUGGCAAGGGAGCGUUUGCUACCGUCUACAAACUGGCGACCAAGCAGCAUGGUGUUGUAUAUGCAGCCAAGGAGCUUGACAAGCGGCGGUUUAUGAAGAAUGGGGUCUUGGAUCAAAAGGUGGAUAAUGAAAUGAAGAUUAUGAGAGAUUUGCGGCACCCAAACAUUGUUCAAUAUGUCGACUACCACGAGCACGACCGAUGGAUCUACAUCAUUAUGGAAUACGUUGCUGGCGGUGAACUCUCUACAUAUCUUCAGACCCAUGGGAAGAUUGCAGAAGACAUGGUCAAGAUCAUUGCCCGGCAGGUCUUGCACGCAUUGGCUUAUCUCCAUAAACGCAAGAUCACCCACCGUGAUAUCAAGCCCGACAAUAUCCUCAUUGCGUCCCUCGAUCCACUCCGAGUCAAGCUCUCCGAUUUCGGCCUUUCCAAAGUUGUUCAGGAAGAGACGUUCCUGAAGACUUUCUGCGGAACGCUCCUAUACUGUGCUCCAGAGGUCUAUCCAGAGUAUGAAAACUAUCGACAAGGUGUUGUCAGGAAAAGACGUCGUCUUGGUGAUCCGCCUCCCAAAACAUCCCCUUACGAUCAAUCAGUCGAUAUGUGGUCCCUUGGAGCGGUACUUUUCCACAUCCUUUGUGGCUCACCUCCUUAUGUGGGCCGAGGGGAUGACAGGGGCGCGCAAAUGCUGCGGAACAUCAUGACGACAGACCCUGAUCUGGACCUUCUCCGCAGGGAGGGUGUCUCUGAAGAGGGCAUUGAUUUUGUGUCGAGGCUUCUCAACCGGGACCCCCAGGCUCGUCCCAAGGAACAGGAAUGCUUCCAACACCCAUGGAUUGCCGAUGUUCCUGACAUCGAUGAAUAUUCAGAUGACGAGACUUUUCCCGCUGAGCAGAAGAAAUUAGGCAUGAUCCAAGAGACAGUAGAAGAAGAGCUAGAUGCAUCCCAGCUCUCCAUCCACGACGAUUUCGACAAAGAGCAAGACUCGCAGAAAAACAGCCAGACUGAAAACGAGGUGAAGAGACCGCGUCUGGAGGAGGCUGAAAUUCGUUACCCUUCACUUCCACACAUCGAGAGCUUCUCAGACACGGACGUUCACCACCAGAAAACUCCCAAGCGUUUAUUCGGGGAGGUUACCGCAUCUGCCUUGCAGAAUGCCGAGGUUCUCGAAGAUCUCGACCCGAACGAGUUCUCUGGAAUUGAUAACGCCAGUUCCAGCAGCUUCCAUUCCUCUAGUGGUGAGUCGAUGGGUGACGUCCACGGCUUGACCGCCGUAUCUUCCUCCCCCAUGCCCGAAUUUGGAGGCUCAGCGCCCAGCUUGAUGGGAGCCGAAGCUCUCGUCGGGCGGCUCAACAUGUCGUCUUCGGACAACGGCCCUUCCAACCCGGCGACUCCUGCUGCCAACACUCCAGCCACGCCACGUAGUGUCCGGAGCCGAGAGGCGACGCCUGCUAAUCAGGAUCUCCCAGAAGCGAAUCAGGAGAACUCGAAUCCUAACGAGGUGACACCGAAGGCUAUCCCGUUACGUCGUCGCAUCGAGCUUCCCCUUCCGGAUACAGCUAGCGAAAGCUCGAAUCAGGAUGUACACAGCAAUGAUGAAGAGGAUAAUCCCAAGCCAGAACUUCACAAGCGAGUAGCUGCGGAAUUGGCUACGACCAUCGAUGCUCGCACGGGAAAGGAAAUAUCAGAUCUGCCAGCGACCUCGUAUGGGGCAACCAGUGACAACUUUCCGGGACCGACUCUGCAGCACAAUUCCAAGACCCCAUCCACUUCUGCAUUUUCGAAACCUCGACCUCUGUUGGGUAAAUUGACGACGCUACCCGGCUCUAUCUUCGACUGCACGAUCCGCCUGGAAGACCGGAUGACUUCGUGGGGCCGUGGACUGCAAACGACGGUGCGCUACCCAAAGCCGAUGGACGCUCGAAUCCCGCUGUACGCACUUGAGAUAACGUUCUGGAAGCCGGGCAUGGAAGCCCUCAUCGCGGCGGGCACAGACUGGAUGACGAUCCCAGGCGUGACGGCGAUCCUCUCGACCAAGACCAGCAAGUGCAUCUGGGUGAAUGGGGUGGAACUGCGGCGCGGCCCGGACGGCCGCGAGGGCUUCCAGUGGGGCAAGCUGUACACAGGCGACAUCAUCACCGUGUACCAGCACCCCCAGCACCGGGACCGGUACCUGAAAUUCCGCUGCGAAUUCUACCACGGCGACAGUGCGCGUCCACGGCCCGAGAAUGAAAAGGGGUUUAUCGUGCGGACUGCGCUGAUGCAGAAGACCGAUUCGAGCCAGAACCAGCAGACGCCUGUCAAGCAGAAAGAAAGAGUCGAAAAGGUCGAAAAGGUCGAAAAGUGA